AAGCUGCUGCACUCCGAGUAGAGAUGUCUGGCAGAGAGGUCCUGACCUGCAUGUGGAGCAAAGCACGCCCUGAACAGUGCCAUGGGAGAAGAAACAGUCAGGGGAGCUCGUGAGUUAAAUGAACAAAAUGUCUAAGGAACUUUAGACAGAAACAAAGAACAGCAUGUUGGGGACCAGAGGGUUAAUUAAAUGUUCACUGCUACUGCCCAUCCUAGAAAAUGAAGAUCUACUCAGCAGGGUGUGGUCAUGAGGUACUCAGUUAUCAAAGUGUGGCAGACAAAUCUGAGUUAUCGGUUUAAGAGCUGAUUUUAGGGCUGGGUUAUGAAAACAGUCAGUGAUGCAACUGUCAGAGUAAUGGAUGUGUCCUAACUAUUCAUAACUGAUUCGAUAGCAAUCAGGUUCCUAUAGAAUUUGGUGUGAGCACAGACAUAAGAGCUGGUGUUCUUAUGAGGGACCUCUGUCUUCAGGAACUAGCUGCGUGGAGUCCUUAUUUGGGAAGCAUGGCAAUGGUUAUUUUGCAUAAUGGUAAAGAUGGAACACUGGCUACUCUGUAUGUUUAGAUUUUCUCUGUACGGAAAUCUAUGCCAAGAUUAUCACAUGUAUUUCCCCAAGAGUCACAGUGCUGGUGGUAACAUUACUACCACAAAUCUGAGUCAAGGGGAGCUGCAUUUGACUGUUUCCAGAAGGGACUCCCAGCUGCUGAGAAAAAGAUGAUCAAACACUGCUGAGUGAGCGGGGGCUAAUUUAUUUCCUUUUUAAAAACAGCACCCAUUUGUUACUGGACUUCUAAGUUAAAGAUGCUAACAAACUAAUGGCCGUGGGGGGAAGAGCUCAGAAAUUAUCUCCUGACUUUUCACAUCUUUAGGACAGCUAUAACUUGUCUCCAGAGCGCUGUGCCAUUUGUACUGCUUAACCCACUUAGGGAAAGGCGGCGAUAGCAGCGUCUGCUCUCUGAAGCACCAUCUGCCGGCUUUCCUCUAAUCUGACCGUGUCUCGGGGCGGUUUCGGCAACGACACUGUUCAGUGUCGGUGACCAAGGUGACCCUGCGACACCCCCGCGGGCCGCCUUACCCCGAGGGGCCCCGCAGUGCCCGGCAGGUCUCGGAGCGCACCUUCCCUCCUCGCGGCUGGAGCCCCUCACGGCCGGAGGGAGCGGCACCGGCCCGGCCGGAACGCCCGGAGCGGCCCGGGGGGCGCGGUGGGCAGCGCGGGCACACGGCGCGCCCCAGCCCGGCGGGUUCUGGCGAUGUUUUCCCCUCACGAUGCCCGCUCCCCUCACGAUGCGCGGCCCCGCGCGGGCGGGCGGGCGCGCGCUCGGCCGGAGCCGGAAGCGCGGCGCGCGCAGGAGCCGGGCCCGCCAUGAGCCGCCCGCCCGCGCUGCAGGCUCCGACCUGCGGGCCCUGGGAGAUGCGGGAGCGCCUCGGCACCGGCGGCUUCGGCAACGUCGUCCGCUGGCACAACAAGGAGACCGGCGAGCAGGUGGCCAUCAAGCAGUGCCGGCAGGAGCUGAGCCCGCGCAACCGCGACCGCUGGGCGCUGGAGAUACAGAUCAUGAAGAGGCUCAACCAUCCCAAUGUGGUGGCUGCCCGUGAUGUCCCUGAAGGGAUGCAGAAGCUUGCACCAAAUGACUUGCCCUUGCUGGCCAUGGAGUACUGCCAGGGUGGAGACCUCCGCAAGUACCUGAAUCAGCUGGAGAAUUGCUGUGGCUUGCGGGAGGAAGCCAUUCUCAUCUUGCUGUCUGAUAUUGCUUCUGCUCUCAGGUACCUUCAUGAGAACAGGAUCAUCCACAGAGACUUGAAACCAGAGAACAUUGUGCUGCAGCAAGGAGAGCAGAGGUUAAUACACAAAAUCAUUGACCUGGGUUAUGCUAAGGAACUGGAUCAGGGUAGCCUGUGCACAUCCUUUGUUGGGACUCUGCAGUACUUGGCUCCAGAGCUGCUGGAACAGCAGAAGUACACGGUGACAGUGGAUUACUGGAGCUUUGGCACACUGGCCUUUGAGUGCAUUACAGGCUUCCGACCGUUCCUGCCCAACUGGCAGCCAGUGCAGUGGCACACAAAAGUGCGUCAGAAGAGUGAGCUGGAUAUUGUUGUUUCAGAAGACUUAUCUGGAGAAGUCAAGUUUUCCAGCAGCUUACCCUGCCCAAACAAUCUAAACAGUGUUUUGUCUGCGAGGUUGGAGAAAUGGCUGCAACUCAUGUUAAUGUGGCACCCACGUCAGAGAGGGACAGAUCCUACAUAUGGACCCUACGGGUGUUUCAAAGCCCUGGAUGACAUUUUGAACUUGAAGUUGCUUCAUGUUUUGAACAUGGUUACGGGAACUGUGCACACCUACCCUGUGACAGAGGAGGAGACUCUGGAGAGUGUGAAGGCCAGGAUCCAGGCAGACACAGGAAUCCCAGAACAGGACCAGGAGCUACUGCAGGAAGCAGGACUUGAAUUGUUUUCUCAGAAGUUGGUCACUAAACAUAUAGCUGAUAGCAAGGUGAAUGAUGCUGCAGCUGCAGACACAGACCUCCUGUUCCUCUUUGACAACAAGAAAGUUUCCUACGAGGCUCAGGUGGCCUUGCGUCCUCACCCAGAAAGUGUCGACUGCAUCCUUCAGGAUCCCAAGAAGAACCUGCACUUCUUCCAGCUGCGCAAGGUGUGGGGUCAGAUCUGGCACACGAUCCGGGUGCUGAAGGAGGACUGUAACCGGCUGCAGCAGGGGCAGCGCGCGGCCAUGAUGAAUCUGCUGCGUUACAACAGCACCCUCUCCAAGAUGAAGAAUUCUAUGGCCUCCCUUUCCCAGCAGCUGAAAGCAAAGCUGGACUUCUUUAAAACAAGCAUCCAGAUCGAUCUGGAAAAGUAUAAAGAGCAGAUUGAAUUUGGAAUUACUUCUGAGAAGCUGCUGUUUGCCUGGAAAGAGAUGGAACAAGCUGUGGAACUUUGUGGGCGGGAGGAUGAUGUGGAUCAGCUGGUGAAGAGGAUGAUGGCCCUGCAGACAGACAUUGUGGACCUGCAGAGAAGCCCACUAGGUCGUAAACAAGGAGGAACACUGGAGGAUUUAGAAGAACAAGCCCGAGAGCUGUACCGGAGACUGAGAGAGAAGCCAAGAGAUCAGAGGACGAGCGGUGACAGCCAGGAAAUAGUGCGGCUGCUGCUCCAGGCAAUCCAGACCUUCGAGAAGAAAGUUCGAGUCAUUUAUGCUCAGCUCAGUAAAACUGUAGUUUGCAAGCAGAAGGCACUGGAAUUGUUCCCCAGAGUGGAGAAGGUGAUGGAUCUGAUGCGUGAAGAUGAGGAAACCGUUGUUAGGCUUCAGGAGAAACGGCAAAAAGAAUUGUGGAACUUGCUGAAAAUUGCUUGUAGUAAAGUCCGUGGUCCUGUCACUGGCAGCCCAGAGAGCAUGAACACAUCUCGUCUUGGUGGCCCUGGUCAGCUGCUGCUGCAGGUCCCUUCUGAAACCUACCAUUUAUCAGACUCUGUAAGAAAAAGUGAGGAGCUACUGCUGGAAUCACAGAAACUUUGUAGCCAGCUAGAAAAUGUGAUGUAUGACACAAUGAAGGAUCAGGAGCAGAGCUUCAUGGCUCUAGACUGGAGCUGGCUGCAGCUUCAGGUGGAAGAAACCAACAGUCCAGAACAAACCCAGAUGUGAAGUCACGUCAGUCGCCCCUGAAGACGCUGCUUUGGGAAGCCAGGUGUGAAAAGCUGCUGCCCCCGAGAAGGGAAGAUCAACUGCCUCCUUCUCCUGUCACCUGCUGCUCCUGUGACACACACACAGCCUAGCUUUAGUAUCCACCUCCCAGACACUCUGCUCACAAAGCUACAGUAGGAAAUGCCUGUUCUAACUGCCUGGAAAACGUUCUUAAUUGUGCCUUAUGACAGCAGAUAAUUCUUAUUCUCUGUCCUGAUAUAUCUUCCCCUAGGCAUCACCUGUGGCUGUUCUACUGCAUUUUAGGCUUUCUGAUGGAACAAUGGACAAUGUUUGCCCAGGCACUGGUAGAUGUCACCUUUGUAAUAUACUUGAACUGUGAACCUCAUUUCUUAACUCUGCUGAUUUGCACUUUUUUUUCUUUAAGUGUAAUGGUUGUACUUACCUAAUACUUGUUUCCUAUAUGGGAACGAAAUUAUCUAAAACAUGUAAACUUUUGGUUUGCUCUUUUUGAUACCAUCAAUAACAUUUUAAUGGAAAAAGCU